AUUGGUCAACAACAUCACCAUUUUUCUCCCCCAACUCCUUUUAAAAACCCCUCCUUCUCCUUUUCUCCUCAUAACACAUUUCUAACCAUUCUAAAUACCUCAUUCACUACACACCCAUCUUCUCAACCUCACUCUACAUUUCCUUAUGGUCAUGGGAGCAUUUCACCAUUUCAAACCAAUUUCAAAGUACAACAAUUCACAAGAUAGAUCAAACCAAACCAUUGCAUCUGACUUAGAUGGCACACUUCUUGUAUCUAGAGAUGCUUUCCCUUACUACAUGCUUAUGGCUACCGAAGCCGGUAGUUUCUUAAGAGGAAUCAUCCUCUUAAUCUCCGUUCCUUUCGUCUAUUUUACGUACCUUUUUGUCUCAGAAACCAUCGCCAUCAAAAUGUUGAUCUUCAUAACCUUCGCAGGUCUGAAGAUCAAUGACGUGGAGAUGGUUUCUAGGUCAGUGUUGUCGAAAUUCUACGCUGAGGAUGUGCGUCCUGAGACGUGGAAUGUGUUCAAUUCUUUUGGAAAGCGUUACGUUGUCACGGCUAGUCCAAGGUUGAUGGUGGAGCCAUUUGUUAAGAAUUUGUUGGGAGGUGAUAGAGUGAUUGGGACUGAACUUGAGGUGACCAAAUCAGGAAGGGUAACUGGGUUUGUUAAGGAACCUGGUGUUCUUGUUGGGGAGCUCAAGAAAGAUGCUGUUGUCAAAGAGUUUCAGUCUAAUUUGCCUGAUUUGGGACUGGGAGAUAGUGAAAGUGAUCAUGACUUUAUGUCACUUUGCAAGGAAGGGUAUAUGGUUCCAAGAAUUAAAUGUGAUCCACUACCAAGAACUAAACUUCUAAGUCCAAUAAUUUUUCAUGAGGGUAGAUUUGUUCAACGACCAACACCUAUUGUUGCCUUAUUAUCAUUCCUAUGGCUACCAAUUGGCAUAAUACUUUCCAUCUUAAGGGUAUACCUAAACAUUCCCUUACCAGAAAAAAUUGCUUGGUACAAUUAUAAACUAUUAGGAAUCAAAGUAAUUGUUAAGGGUACCCCUCCACCAGCACCAAAAAAAGGUCAAAAAGGUGUACUAUUUGUGUGUAACCAUCGCACAAUUUUAGACCCUGUGGUUACAGCAGUUGCAUUAGGAAGAAAAAUUAGUUGUGUCACAUAUAGUAUUAGUAAAUUCAGUGAAAUAAUUUCACCAAUUAAAGCAGUGGCACUUUCAAGAGAAAGGGAAAAAGAUGCAGCAAAUAUAAGGAAAUUACUUGAAGAAGGUGACCUAGUGAUUUGUCCGGAAGGAACGACUUGUAGGGAACCAUUUCUUCUACGAUUCAGCGCGCUUUUCGCUGAAUUAACCGAUAGGAUUGUACCGGUUGCAAUUAACACGAAACAAAGUGUGUUUUAUGGUACAACGGUCCGUGGACACAAAGUAUUGGACCCUUAUUUUGUGUUCAUGAAUCCGGUGCCUACUUAUGAGAUCACAUUCUUGAAUCAACUUCCUAAAGAGCUUACAGUUAGUGGAGGGAAAUCUGCUAUUGAAGUUGCAAAUUAUAUUCAAAGGGUUCUUGCUGGAACACUUGGAUUUGAGUGUACUAAUUUAACAAGGAAAGAUAAGUAUGCUAUGCUUGCUGGUACAGAUGGUAGGGUUCCAUCUAAGAAGGAAAAAGCUUGAAGUAGAAAAGGGACAAUGGUUUGAUCCUUUUUGAAUUCUAUAUAGUUACCAAAUUAAAUGUGUUUUUCUAAUGUUUAGAUUUUUAUGAUAGUAAUAAAUAUUUAUUGUGAUGAUGCUCAUGAAAUGGAACAUUUUAUGUAUAUUUUGAUAUUA